AUGGUUUUGCCAUCAAAGGAGGAGGAGACAGGUGGUGCGGAGGUGAUUGGGCUGGUUUACCCUUCGGCGCGAGAAUUUUCAACCCAGAACCCUACGUGCAACGAGGGAGAAAGCGAGGAACCGACUGGGAAGGACAGCAACGAGAGCGUGUACGAAGCGGAGCGGGUCGAGUUUGGUCGUGCUAGGACUGGCCACAGCGGCACCGGAGCAGUGGCACCGGAGGAGCGGAACCCGAGCAGCGGACGGCAUCGAACCGUGGCCCACGGACAAACAUCUCUUGUGACGCUGUCGGCUCUCCCAUAGCCGUUGGCCCCGUUCACGGCCAGUGUACGCACAUUGUAGGUUGCUACCCUAACAAGUCGACCCUGCCGCCUCUCCCGGGCGGUGCGUGCUGCAUCCCUAAUCAGCCUACGCACCUUCCGGCCCCUCCUCCUCUUCUUCCUUCCUUUUUUAUUUGUUUUUUUCUGAUUGCUCUGCGGAUCCUCGGGUUAAUGUAAGAGUUAACCCGGUGCUUGCCUUUCCCAGCGAGGUGUCUUCCUGUCCCGGAGCGGCGUGGCUCUCCAGCUCUGGACCCUUUCCGUCUCCCUGUUGGGUGCUUACCCACACGGUGUGCGAUCAUCCCGCCACCCUCUCCGUGCUCUCCACUGCUGCCUUGCCCCGGCGUCCAAACCGGGGCAUUUGGGAUCAAACCCAUCAGCAGCUGUCUCCAAGUUGGCUAAUCGCGAUCUACCUCGAUCUCGUGACCGCGGUAACUCCCGACCGCCAAACUCAGGAUCCUCUCCUAAACGGUGCUAGGGACCGAAUAUCCGUCGUUGUUGGGUGGUUUUCGAGGGUUAACUGCACUUGCGGGCCUCGGUCUCCCCCGGGGAAGGGAGGAGGGGGGGAGGCAGAGAGAGUGGUGAUGGGGCACGACAAAUCGUAAUUUACCGGUUCCGCCGCGUGUUUGGUGAAACGGUAUAUUCGGCAUAACUCGUCACCAAGGUGUCUGUGAAAGCUAAAUGUGGGUUCAUUCGAAAGCCCUGGUUCAAAGCUUUCGAAUGGUGUAUAUUCNCCGUCGUUGUUGGGUGGUUUUCGAGGGUUAACUGCACUUGCGGGCCUCGGUCUCCCCCGGGGAAGGGAGGAGGGGGGGAGGCAGAGAGAGUGGUGAUGGGGCACGACAAAUCGUAAUUUACCGGUUCCGCCGCGUGUUUGGUGAAACGGUAUAUUCGGCAUAACUCGUCACCAAGGUGUCUGUGAAAGCUAAAUGUGGGUUCAUUCGAAAGCCCUGGUUCAAAGCUUUCGAAUGGUGUAUAUUCUGUUGGGUAAAUAACCAGGCCCUAGAGAGAAAUUUAUCAAGUGGCCUGUGGGCGGGUCCAGGAAAACUACCACUUUACGUGUAUGGUCCGUUCGGGCAAAUAUUCACAAUAUUUUCCCCUACACAAAGGUGCACUUUUCUCGGGGUGGGUGUACUUAUUCCGAAAUCUGAAAAUACCGCGCACUACACAUUAUCUUUUUAUCUUUUUUUUAGAGCUAAUGUGAGAAACAACAACAUUCGACACACACGGCACAGCAGUAGAAAUUAGCAACACAGCAGGCAACCCAUACAAAUACACAAGAGCAUGCUGCUGGGCUGCAUCAUCACUACUACUACUACUAGAGAGGGUUACUACCAAGCACCACCACGGCUUGCCAGCCAGCACCAAUAGUUGUGUAUUACUACAGCAGCAGCAGUUCCUAGCAGCUACCUGUGUGUCUGUGCUCCCGUUAGGAACCGCAGAGCAGCGUCGAUCUACCCUCUCCUCCACCCAUGGGCAUCAACAGGGGGGGGGGGGUUGCGACACCUCCGGACAUAUAUCUGGCUUAGCCUCACUUCUUUGUGCCCUGGGCUGCGGGAGGCGCGUCCCCGGAAAACCAAAACGCCAAAGCACAACACGGCACUACACAUUCGACACACACGGCACAGCAGUAGAAAUUAGCAACACAGCAGGCAACCCAUACAAAUACACAAGAGCAUGCUGCUGGGCUGCAUCAUCACUACUACUACUACUAGAGAGGGUUACUACCAAGCACCACCACAGCUUGCCAGCCAGCACCAAUAGUUGUGUAUUACUACAGCAGCAGUUCCUAGCAGCUACCUGUGUGUCUGUGCUCCCGUUAGGAACCGCAGAGCAGCGUCGAUCUACCCUCUCCUCCACCCAUGGGCAUCAACAGGUACAACCACACAACAUAGGCGCACACGUUACAUAAGGCAUCGUCAUCACACCAGUUAGUUGCUGCACGUAUCUCUCUCUGCCUCUCUCUCUUUGUGCUCGAUUUCACCCACAGCCUCUCUCGACUGCUCAAAAUUGCUGCUGGGGCACGGAACAACAGCUGCAUACCCUUUAUCUACAAAUUCUUAAACCACAGGGGGGG